AUGUGUGAAUCAGUUCCGGCAACCAAGCCGAUCGUCCACUGCACCGAAGACAUGGACUGCGCGCAUUUGAUAAGAUACAUCCCAAACGCCUAUUGCAAUUACACCGGAGGUUUCUGCUGUUCCGGACUAUUGGACGUCUGCUUCGGGGGCGGUCUCGUCCGGCCACUCCUAAGAUGCGAUACAGGAACGAUGGCCGGAUUCGAGACAUGCCACCCGGAUUUGGGGAACGGCGAACUCCGAGGUUUUUGCACCGAUAUCGGUGUAAGCUCCGAGGGUGACAAUUUUGUGUUCGGAAGACAUGGAUUGUGCACAUCUGAUGAAAGGAAUGGUCGGCACUGGCGGGUUGAUUCCGAAUGCUUAUUGCAAUCAAACGGGGGAUUUCUGCUGUUCCGGCUUGCUGGAAGUCUGCUUUGGCGGUAA